CUCUCGAGACUCAAAGGUUGUUUCACUACCAAGACAUAAAACCACGGGCAUUUCAUAUCAAGAAAACAAGAUGGCUGAGAAUUUUGACGACUUAAUUCAUAUUCCAAAGGAUUUGUAUAAAGAGGGUUCUCUUUUUAUUAAGCGCUGUGUCAAGCCCGAUCGUAAAGAGUUUUUUAGUGUCUCUAGAGCCGUUGCUACUGGUUUUGUGCUUAUGGGGUUUAUUGGAUACAUUAUCAAGUUGAUCCAUAUUCCUAUUAACAAAGUGCUUGUUGGCGGUGCUUAAUGUUUAUGCACGUUCUUUCAAAGAAGAUUUUUCCAUUCUUUUACGACGAGUUACUCAUUUAUGAAUAGAUAGAAUGAUUGCUCGAUCAUAAUCCAUGAACAGAAUUAUACUAAUUUUAUUCUUCAAUAUCUAUCUACCUUUCUUUGAGUAAUGUUGAUGAGAUUCUUUCCUAAUCAAACGCUUUUCGUUGUCUAUUAUGAAUGAUCCCAAAAACAGAAAGAAAUGUGCAGCGUUUCUUUA